AUGUCUACUUGUCUUUGUUUGUUUGUUUGUUUGUUUCUUUCGUUCUUUGUUAGAAACAAAGAGACAAACAAACAAAGAAACAAACAUACUUUCUUUCUUUCUUAUCCCAGUAUUUUCAUCUCUCUCUCACUUUCUCUCUCUCUCUCUCUCUCUCUCUAUCUAUCUAUCUAUCUAUCUAUCUAUCUAUCUAUAUCUAUCUAUCCCGCCCUGGAUUUGUCUAUUUUUUCACAAUUUGUUCAUAUCUAUCUAUCUAUCUAUCUAUCUAUCUAUCUAUCUAUCUUAUUCCAGUCUUUUCAUAUCUAUCUAUCUAUCUAUCUAUCUAUCUAUCUCUAUCUUAUUCCAGUCUUUUCAUAUCUAUCUAUCUAUCUAUCUAUCUAUCUAUCUAUCUAUCUAUCUAUCUAUCUUAUUCCAGUCUUUUCAUAUCUAUCUAUCUAUCUAUCUAUCUAUCUAUCUAUCUAUCUAUCUUAUUCUAGUCUUUUCAUAUCUAUCUAUCUAUCUAUCUAUCUAUCUAUCUAUCUAUCUAUCUAUCCCAAUUAUCUUUUCAUAUCUAUCUAUCUAUCUAUCUAUCUAUCUAUCUAUCUAUCUAUCUAUCUCAGUCAAUUAAUCUCUCUCUCUCUCUCUCUCUCUCUCUCUCUCUCUCUCUCUCUCUGUCCAUUCUUUUUUUUUUUGUCAUUUUCGUUUUCAUUGUUUUUUUAUUUGAUUCUAUUUUUUUCAUUUUUUUCCACUAACUUUUAUUUGCUUUGGAUUUUUUAUAACAUUUUUAUUUUGCUUUUUUAUUUUUCAAAUCCCAUUCUUUCUUUUCUUUUCGUUUCUUUCUUUUUCACGAAAUUCGUGUUACUUCUUUUCUUUCAUUUUUUUUUCUCUUGCUAUUCGCUCUUUUCUUUUCUUCUUUAUUUCUCUUGA